AUGGCUGAAGACAUUGUUGUGGGGAUGCUCUAUAACUUAUUACUGCCACUUCUCCUUCUGGCCGCGUCCUCAUUCCGCUACAACGGACUGUCCGUGGUGUACUUCCUCUAUCUUCUCGCCUUGCCCCUGCUGCCAACCCCCACCCCCAUCACUCUGAGAGGCAAAUCUGGUCAGUUCCUUCUUCUGCUCAGCUACACCAGCAUAACGUUCCUGACCCUGCAAUGUUUCAUGCAGAUCCCCUUUGCCUACAUCCCUCAGCAUGUCAGUGGCCACUGGGAGGAUUUCCUUUACCAUUUGGGCAUCAUAAGAUUCAGUGUUGUGGACAUGAGGAAUGUUGUGCGUCUGCUGGCGCCAGAUGUGGGCCUCUUCGUCUCCUCCCUCUUUGUACUGAGGCUGUGCAACAAGUUGCUGCAUCCUGCACCCCAAAUCAGCCUCCAUGACAACGGCAUCGUCCCUUCUGACCCCGAGGAACCUGAAACCUCUGACACGGAGUCGGAGGGAGGAAGUGACAUCACAGAUGGCUCAUCCAGCUUGGAUGAGAGCACCGAUGCGGUCAAAACGGGUCCCCCCAAGUUUGUUCAGAAGCUCAUUGUGUUUGUGGCCGGACUGCGUCUUCUGUUGUCCACCAUCAUGAACACCGCGGGGAAAGUGGUGGUAACAGUGCUGCUGGGGCUGGCAGGCAUCAUGCUACCCUCCUUGACAUCAGGUGUGUACUUUGCUGUGUUUCUGGGUCUGGUGUGGUGGUGGGUCUUCAAUCGCUCCAUCACCCUGCUCCUCUUCAGUACCCUAUGUGUCAUGAUGGCAAUCUUCAGUGCAGGGCACCUACUGGCCUUGUACCUCUACCAGCUGCCCCUUUUCCAACGUGUAGUGCCCCCACAAGAUAUCUACGCCAGGUUGUUUGGUAUGACAGGAGUUAUCAGAACCAACAGUUCAGACCCGUACAGUAUUGGUCUGAACUCUGAUGUUAGCUGGCCCGACUUCAUCAACCCUUUGGUUCUGCUACUGCUGUACUACACACUGGUGGUCCUGCUGCACGAAUGGGUCCAUGUGACAGAGGAGGAGGUGAAUUUGCCUGUGUGUGUGUGUGAUGUUAUUGAUCUUGAAGAGAGUGAGAGUCCACUGGAUUUCCCAGAGUUUCCUCCCAGCUUCUCCCGGAUUCUCUCUGUCUCUGGAGAGAAACAGGAGGUCCUGACCAGUAUUGAUUAUGAAACCUGCUUGCCGGAUGAGUCAAGGGUGUUGGUGAUGGGCAGUUCCUGGCAUGAUAUCCCUGGGAAUGAGUUUGGAUCUUUGUUAGGGGGAGCGGGGUACACAAACUGUUACUCUCUACCACAGUAUGGGGACAAAGGUUCCCCAUUACAAGAGAUGGAAGGUGAGGUUGACAUAGGAGAGAGGAGUGAGGGAGCUCUUCAGAGCGGGGCAGAGAACAUGCCCUCUUCUUCACACCCUAGCGGUCUGGUAGUCCUUGGAUGCUUGGUACAAAAACACAGCUACAUCAGCGCCCUCAUCAUGAUGAUGGUGUGGAGCAUCACAUACAACAGCUGGCUUACCUUUGCCCUGCUGGUGUGGUCCUGCAUCAUCUGGAUGAUGAGAGACAGGCGCCGGUACGCUAUGAUGUCGGCGCCUUUCCUGGCCGCAUAUGGCACUGUUCUGGUGGUGCUGGGAUUCCUGAGUGGGUUGCGCCUGAGUCGGGCAGAGCUAUACCGCGGCCUGCCCCCAGCCGUGAUUGUGGACUUUGACUUGAACAGCUACCACCCUGCACCCUGCGUUCACCUGGGUGCUAAGGUCCUUUAUACCCUCAGUUUCUGGUUGAUGUUCCGUCAGCAGUUGAAGGAGAGACAAGAGGAGCAAAGUUUGAAGAAGGACUCGUUGGAGGAAGUCAAAGUCGUACCACCGGAGGAAGGUGAGACAUCACCUCUGGUGGCCGUGUUAUGCUCUGCAGUGAAAGGAGUGCUGGUGAAAUACUGGAUCUUCUUCUGCUGUUCCAUGUUCUUUGUGGUCAGCUUCUCUGGCAAGGUGAUGGUCUACAAGAUCCUCUACAUUGUCCUCUUCCUCUUAUGUGUUGUCCUUUACCAGACACAUUACAAUAUUUGGCGUCGGUUUCUGAAGACCUUCUGGGCCGUAGUGGUGGGCUACUCCAUGGUGGUGUUGAUAGCCAUCUACAUGUACCAGUUCAGAACUGUAUCCGGACUGUUCAGACAAAUCAUGGGCAUGUCAGAGGAUGGUCUCCGUGACCUUGGUUUGGAGCGCUACCAAACAGUGGAACUGUUUGCCCGCAUUCUGCUCCCUGCUGCGUUUCUAUUGGCCUGUAUCCUCCAGCUCCACUACUUCAACUCAGACUUCCUGUCCCUCACUGACCUAGACAACGUACCUGUGAGACAGUGUUCCAGAGAGAGUGAGCUAAGGAGUUCGGUGAAUAUAAUAUCUGCAAUCAUUAAAGAAAACCUUGAAAAGUUCCAGAAAAGGCUGGUAAAGGAACAGUUGAAGGGAAAGAGUCAGGAGACUCUGGACAGUGCGGGGCUGCCACACUCCUUUGAGCAGGAAUCAGAUGAGCAGGAGGAGACGGUAGGGGAAGAUAGUGCUCCCCCCUGUGGUAAGGACCAGUGGGGUCUGAUUGUGGACCAGGCCAGCUUGCUGCUCAUCCAGGCCCUGCUGGGUAUCUACAGGAUCCAGGGGAUGAUUUGGAGUCUGCUUGAGCUCCACAGCCUCAAAAUAGUCUCUACUGGCAUCAUCUGGGUCUCACUGCAAGAGGUUUCCCUGAUGAACUACCUCUUCCUGGUUCUGUGGGCCUUUGCCCUCCCAUUCCCACGGAUACGACCUCUGGCCUCCAGUGUCUCUGCUGUCUGGGCCUGUGUCAUGGUGGUCUGUAAGAUGUUUUAUCAACUCAAAGUCAUCAAUCCCCUCAAUUACUCCUCCAACUGCACUGCUGGCCUGUUAUCGUCAAACAGCUCAGGCCCAGACAUGGGGGUAGAGCCGGGAGGGAACAUGGUGGAGCUGCUUAGGAGGUCUAUUCUCUACAUGGAAUCUGUUGACCCUGUCUAUUGGUGUGGAGCACUACGCAAGUGUGAGGGCAGGAUCCUCCCCUGUCUCCAGAACCAUCUGAUGGUGCUGGGUUUGCUGGUGUUUGAGGUGACCAUUCACCGCCACCAGCUGUACUACCGUCUCCACAAUGACCUGAAGACUCCGCCCUUCAGCAUCAUCUUCCAGGGCAUCACCAGGCAACACCUUGAUCAUGGUAUCCUUCCCUGCAUCAAGUACUUCAUCAACUUCUUCUACUACAAGUUUGGAUUAGAGAUCAGUUUGAUCGUGGCGGUUAAUGUGAUUGGUCAGAGGAUGGAUUUCUACGCCCUACUCCAUUCUUGCGCCUUAUUGGCUGUUCUGUCCCGGCGCCGCAGGAAAGCAAUUGGCGAGGUUUGGCCAAAGUAUUGCUGCUUCACCGCCGGACUCAUGGUGCUACAGUACCUUCUUUGCAUCGGCAUCCCUCCUGCUCUCUGCGUUGACUACCCCUGGAGGACCUCUAUUACACCUUUGACCUCCAAUGUAAUCAAGUGGCUGUACUUGCCUGACUUUGCCAUGAGGCCAAAUCCUUUGUUCAUCUUCUAUGACCACCUCCUGUUGCUGUGUUCAUCUCUUCAGUGGCAGAUGUUUGAGGAGGAGAAUCGGGCAGCGGUACGUCUGCUGGCAGGAGAGAAUGUAGAAAUCAGUCGCAAUCUGGAUCCUUGCUCCAUCAACCAGUUUGUACCUGUGGACAACUUCCUGCAUUGCAGGUCAUACCUAGACAUGGUGAAGGUGUUUGUGUUCAGUUAUUUCUUCUGGCUGGUGCUGUGCCUCAUCUUCAUCACUGGGACCACACGGAUCAACAUCUUCUGCAUGGGCUACCUGGUGGCCUGCUUCUACUUCAUGCUGUUUGGGAACAGUGUGCUGAUGCAGCCGGUCAGAUACAUACUGAGACUCUGGGACUGGCUCAUUGGCUACACCUGCCUUGUUAUCACCAUGAAGAACCUUCUGUCUCUCGGUUCAUGCGGCUAUCUGGACAGCCUGCUGAAGAACGGCUGCUGGCUCAUCCAAGCCUUCAGCAUGUUCUGUACCAUCAAAGGCUACGAUGUCCCGGCUCCUGAUGAUGAGUGUGAACUGCCGGAGGAUGAGGCUGGCAUCGUCUGGGAUGCCAUUUGUUUCACCUUCCUCCUGAUGCAGCGAAGGGUCUUCCUCAGCUAUUACUUUCUGUACGUGGUAUCAGACUUGAGGGCCUCUAAGAUAUUAGCCUCAAGGGGUGCUGAGCUGUUCGAGGCCAAGGUGAAGAAACAGGUGGCAGCCAGACUGGAGCUGGAGAAGAAAUCUGUCGAAACACUGAAGAAAAAGAUGGAGAAGAUCAAGUCCAAGCAGAAAAGUCGACAUGGGACUAAGGACAAAGGGAAGCCCCCUGCCGAUGAGCAAAGGUGUUUUCCAGAUGAGAAUGAGAAGGCGAUGAGAGAUGCUGGUAAAUGGUGGAAGCCUUGGGUCUCGGGGCCAGGGGUGGAAGACAACUGUGGCUACCACCUUUUUGAGAGUGACAGCGAGGAGGAGGAGGAGGUCUCAGAAAAGAAAGAAGAAGAGGCACCAUCAAAGAAGAAAUCUGCUUUUCAGUUGGCCUAUGAAGCUUGGAUCACCAACUCCAAGACAGCCCUCAGCAAUCUAAAGAAGGAGAAGAAAAAAACGAAACAGGAGGAGAGGAAGAGGGCAAAGAGAGAGCUACGGAGACAGCAAGGGAUUGACAGAGCAGACUCUAGUGAGGAUGAGUUGAACGACAGCUGUGUCGAUGAAGAUGUUGAUGAGAAGAAAGAAACUGUCUUCCAGCGCUGCAUUAGCACACUGAAUUUCAGCUGGGUCUUCAUCCUGUCCCUUGUUGAUGACCUCACCGAGAGUCUGAACUGUUUCUGUAAGGACAGCCAGGACAUUUCCAAGGUGUUGUGCUUUGAGAGAGCAUUGCUGGGCCAACAGCAGAGGAAGGGUCGAGAGGUGAGCCAGCAGAGUGUGAAGCAGUUUUAUGAGACCCGGAUGUCCCGUCAGAACACACAAUCCACGCAAGACGACCUGGAAGACAUGCUUUCUCCCCCUUCCUCGCCCCCCGCUGUUCCCUCCACCCACCAUGCCUAUGUCAAGCUCAGGAACACUGCCUCCAAGGUUUCCUGGGGCAGCAGCGUCUCCAGCUGUAUGACAGAUGAGACAAUGCUGGGCUCCCGCCAGCCUACCCAAGAGGAGCUGGAUGAUCCUCCUGUCCUGCAGCCAUCCGCCAACCAACUGAGAAGGAGGCUUCUGAAGACAGCUAAUAUUGAACUGACCUCCUUUGACAGCGAUGGACCUUUGCUGAGCCUCGAAGAUGAUAUCCCUCAAACGAGAGACCAUGAAGAAGGUGACGAUAAGGAGGACAAUGAGCAAGAAGAGGAACAGAGGCAACAAGAAGGAGAGGAAGAAGAAGUAGAUGAACAGGAUGAGGAGGAGAUGCAGGAAGAGGUGGGGGAACCAGAGGAAAGAGAGGAGGAUGAGUACCCUGAUUACUCAGAAUGCACCUCCCUGGGUCUGAGGGAGUCCGAGGAAGAGAAAAGCCUCGAUCUCCCAGAAUCCCCCAGGCCUCUGAGUCAGGACAGCAGGAACCUCACUGCCAGCGAACUGCUGCUCAACAAUAUGUUUGACAAUGAGGAGAUUUCAGAGUCUGACAAAUUCUUCCAGUCACUGCCCAGGCCGCUGAGGCUCCUCUUCGCCCUCUAUAACACCAUGGUAUCCAAGUCAGAGAUGCUGUGUUAUUUUGUCAUCAUUCUCAACCACAUGGUGUCGGCCUCAUUACUCUCCCUGAUCCUGCCUAUCCUCAUCUUCCUCUGGGCCAUGUUGUCAGUGCCCAGGCCUUCCAAACGCUUCUGGAUGACCGCCAUCGUAUACACAGAGCUAACAGUUGUGGUAAAGUACUUCUUCCAGUUUGGCUUCUUCCCCUGGACCACGUUUGCCUACCGAGGCAUCAACGCCGAACGGCCUUUUGCCUUGCCCAACAUCAUUGGGGUGGAGAAGAAAGAUGGCUACGUUCUCUUUGACCUCAUCCAGCUGCUAGCUCUGUUUUUCCACCGUUCAAUUCUAAAGUGUCACGGUCUGUGGGAUAACAAGGAGGUUGAGAUGCCUGACUUCUUCAAGAAACUGAAGAAAAAAGUGGACAAGAAGAAGAUGACGGCAGGAGAUAAACCAAGAACGGCGAUGGAACCUCGACGCAAACUGCGUUUACUCGCUCUCCAGACCUCCACCACCUCCAUGUUCUCGAGACGGAUGAGAGGCGACUCAACAGAGUCUAAGGUGAAACCCAAGAAGCACCACAGCAGGAAGAAGAGACGACACAAGGCUCCUCUGACCAGGAAACAGAUGAUCAGGCAGCAGAUUAGAGAAAAGAUGCUCCAGGCCAAAGCUGCUGUCAUCGAAGUUGCCCUGCACAUUUACCUUCCCAUCAGGCAAUUCUUCUAUGAUAUCAUCCACCCGGAGUACAGUCCCGUGUGUGAUGUGUACGCCCUCAUGUUUCUCAUUGAAGUUGCCAACUUUAUCGUCACUAUCUAUGGAUACUGGGCUUUUGGGAAAUACAGUGCAGCAGCAGACAUCACAGAGUCCCUGUCGGAGGACCAGGUUCCACAGGCCUUCCUGGUCAUGCUGCUGAUCCAGUUUGGUACCAUGAUCAUGGACCGGGCCCUGUACCUGAAAAAGUCCCUGCUGGGGAAGUGUGUGUUUCAGGUGGUGCUGGUGUUUGGCAUUCAUUUCUGGAUGUUCUUCAUCCUCCCUGGAGUCACCGGGAGGAGGUUUAACAGAAACCCAAUUGCCCAGCUGUGGUACUUCGUCAAGUGUAUCUACUUUGGCCUGUCUGCCUUCCAGAUUAAAUGUGGCUACCCCAACUGCGUGCUAGGAAACUUCCUGACUAAGCAGUACAACUACAUCAACCUCUUCCUCUUCCAAGGGUUUCGGUUGGUUCCGUUCCUGACUGAGUUGAGGGCAGUGAUGGACUGGGUUUGGACUGACACCACUCUGUCUCUGACCAGCUGGAUUUGUGUAGAGGACAUCUAUGCUAACAUAUUCAUAAUAAAAUGCUUGAGAGAGUCUGAGAAAAAAUACCCCCACCCUCCAGGACAGAAGAAGAAGAAAGUGGUAAAAUACGGAAUGGGAGGUUUCAUCAUCUUCACACUAAUUAGUAUAAUCUGGUUCCCCCUUCUCUUCAUGUCAUUGGUCAGUUCUGCAGCCGGAGUAACCAAUCAACCGCUAGAUGUCUCCAUCCAGCUCAGCAUAGCAGGAUAUGAGCCUCUCUUCACUAUGAAUGCCCAGGAACAGAACUUGGUCCCUUACUCAGAAGCUGGCUUCAACCGACUCACCAAAAUCUACGCUACCCAUCCAUCUGCUAUGCAGUUCAUAAUGAACUAUGAGGCGGAAGAUAUCAUUUUGGCUAAGAUAAAGAGUGAUGCCAGCCUGUUGUGGAGCAUUAGCCCUGCUAGCCGCGAGGCCAUGAUUCAGGAGCUCAGCAACUCUUCCCACAUUUACAUGACCUUACGAUGGACGUUGCUCAGGAACGCAUCCUUGUCGAUGAAUGCUGAAACAACAGGAGAGCACACUGUGAAAUAUAAGGACAUGGUCUUGAGGGACGAGAUAGUUAAUAUGCUAAAAGGGACCAGGCAUAGCCCUGUGAUCAUAAAUUUUCUGCUGCCGAAGUUCCUCAGGGGUCCUAAGGGGCCUGAGUCCAAGAUGGCCACCAGGAUGGAAGUUGAGCAUUCAGACCGCCCAGAGGACAUCCAAACACUGGCUUUCUUCAGGCCCCUGUCAGUCAGACUUCAGCAGACCAAUGGGGAGGCAGAGGAGGAGGAUGGCCAGUGGUGGGUGGUGGAGGAGUGUUCCCCAGGUCCUGCCCUCAACCACAAAAACUGUCACAGUAUAGAAAUAGUGGUGUUCAAUGACAAAGUUAGCCCCGCUAGUCUUGGGUUCCUGGCUGGACAUGGCAUCGUUGGCCUGUACAUGUCCGUGGUGUUUGUCAUUGGGAAGUUCGUCAGGGAGUUCUUCAAUGGUAUCUCCAGAUCCAUCAUGUUUGAGGAGCUUCCAUGCGUAGACCGCGUCCUAAAGCUCUGCACAGACAUCUUUGUGGUGCGGGAAACAGGAGAAAUGGAGUUGGAGGAGAUACUCUGUGAGAAACUCAUCUUCCUCUACAGAUCCCCAGAGACUAUGAUCAAGAUGACCAGAGAGAAGAAAGACUGCUAG